GAGAACAUUUUUAGCAGAAAAAAGCGAGACAUUGAAAAGUGCGAGUUUUGUGUGUGGUGCCGCAGUAGCAGCAGAGAAAAACCAUUGUGAACCUGCAAAUUUAUCUCCUUUGGAGUCUGAAAAUCUUAACAGUUGCCUCUUCAUUAACCAAUCUACGUUCGAACGUGUAUUCCGCUAUCUGCAGUCAGUGAAAUCACACCGAAAAGAUGCCUUCCAGCGAUCCUUUGCCUCCCAAGGAGAGUGCUGUGUUCCGCAAGAUUCUCAAAUGUUACGAAAUGAAACAAUACAAAAAUGGGCUGAAACUUGCGAAGCAGAUCCUUACCAAUCCGAAGUUUACCGAACAUGGGGAAACUCUAGCAAUGAAAGGGCUUACUCUAAACUGUCUCGGUCGAAAGGAAGAAGCGUACGAUUACGUUCGCCGAGGUUUGCGGAAUGAUCUGAAAUCGCACGUCUGCUGGCAUGUGUACGGGUUAUUGCAGCGGUCGGACAAAAAGUACGAAGAAGCCAUCAAGUGCUACCGGAAUGCGUUGAAGUGGGAAAAGGAUAACAUCCAGAUCCUGCGUGACUUGUCGCUGCUGCAGAUACAAAUGCGCGACCUGGAGGGCUACCGAGAUACCCGCCACCAUCUGUUCAAAUUGCGCCCGUCUCAGCACGCUUCGUGGAUUGGUUUUGCCAUGAGUUACCAUCUGCUUGGAGAUUACGAAACAGCCAUGAACAUUUUGGAAACCUUCCGGGCCUCGCAAACUGUGGAAACCUACGACUACAAGCAUAGCGAACUACUACUAUACCAGAACCAAGUGAUUCAAGAAUCGGGCAACUACGAGAAAGCGUUACAACACCUGAAAGAGUAUCAAUCGCAAAUCCUCGACACUCUCGCUGUGAAAGAGACUAUGGGUGAACUGUGCCUUAAGCUCGAUCGCCAUGAGGAAGCCGUUGGGAUUUACCAAGAUUUGAUCAAGCGAAACCCGGAAAAUAUCGCUUACUAUCAGCAGUAUCUGAAGGCAUUGCAAGUAGAAAAGGGAUCCGACGUGAUUGCAGCGUACCAGAAAAUACAAACGGAAUAUCCGCAGUCUUUCUGUGCCAAACGAUUACCAUUGGAUGUGGCCGAAGAUGAAGCGUUCCGCUCGUUGAUAGAUGAACACCUACGACGAAACCUUCGGAAGGGUGUUCCGCCUCUAUUUGUUAACCUGCGCUCUCUGUAUCGGGACGAGAAAAAAGUACGUGUCAUAACGGAGUUGGUUGAAGGCUACCAUCAAAAUUUAACCAGCAGUGGUUACUUCUCUGCUGCUGAUAAGGAACAAAACUUACCCAAGGAGCCGGCUUCCGCAUUGCUGUGGACUCUUUUCUAUCUUGCACAGCAUUAUGACCAUCUGCGUGAAUCAGAAAAGGCAUUAGACUUCAUAAACGCGGCCAUCGACCAUACUCCUACCUUAAUCGAGCUCUUCGUCACCAAAGGCCGCAUCUACAAACACGCUGGCGAUGUUCUGGAGGCAGUCAAAUGGAUGGACGAAGCACAAAGCCUCGACACGGCCGAUCGGUAUAUUAAUUCCAAGUGCGCAAAGUACAUGUUACGUGCCAAUCAGAUCAAGGAAGCAGAGGAGAUUUGCGCCAAGUUUACAAGAGAAGGAGUUUCGGCUAUGGAAAAUCUCAAUGAAAUGCAGUGCAUGUGGUUCCAGACGGAGUGUGCCCUGUCCUACCAACGGUUGGAAAAAUGGGGCGAAUCGUUGAAAAAGUGCCACGAAAUUGACCGACACUUCUCAGAAAUUAUUGAAGAUCAGUUUGACUUCCAUACGUACUGUAUGCGUAAAAUGACGCUUCGUUCUUAUGUAGGUUUGCUGCGAUUGGAAGACGUUUUACGAAGGCAUCCUUUCUACUUUAAAGCUGCCAAAUGCGCCAUUGAGGUCUAUCUCCGACUUUUCGAUAAACCGCUACCAGCAGAAUCUGCUGAAGAAGAACUCGAUAUUGAAAACUUACCUCCAUCUGAGCUGAAGAAGCUACGCAACAAACAACGCAAAGCUGCGAAAAAGAAGGCCGAACAGGAAAAUGCUCAAGCUGCUCAGGCAAACCAGAAGAAGGACCAACACAACAAGCAGCGUAAUCCAAACCAGGAUGGCGAUCCAGAAGCACCUCAAUUGGAUGAGCUGAUACCAGACAAAUUGGCCCGUCCGGAGGAUCCUCUCGAGAAGGCUAUCGAGUUUCUACGACCGCUACAACAGCUUGCCAAGGAAAACAUCGAAACCCAUCUGAUGGCGUUUGAAAUAUAUUGCCGUCGAGGCAAACUGUUGCUAAUGUUGCAAUCUUUGAAACGGGCUCGUUCCAUUGACUCCAAUAAUUCAACGUUACACAGCUGUCUUAUUCGGUUUCACAAGAUUUUAGAAAGUAAAAUCGCCAGCAACGAGUUAGACGAAACAGUGAAAAUGGUCAUUGACCGGGAAUGGGAGAAACUAUUCCGAGGAUCGAAGUCCGCUGCUGAGAUCAACGAUGGCUAUCUGGCAGCAAACCGAGACAACGCCGAAGCUAGAUACGAAGUCGCCAAGAUUAUGUACCAACUAGAUGAGAAAAGGCAGAAUGAAGCGGUCAAAUUGCUUACAUCUGCAGACCUGAAAAAAGUGACACUGGAGGAUGCGACGAAAGUAUUUCUGCUACUGAAAUCCGGAUUCUUUGGAGGCCUAGCUGAGGAUCAAAUAGAUGCGUUCAAGAAGAGUUGCCAGAAACGAUUCCCGCUGGCGGUGAUUUUUGCCGAUGUUGUAUCUACUGUUGCCACUCUCACCACUACCCAAUCAUCGUCGCCGACGUCCUCAGCGACAGUCACCACCAGUGCUACCGGAACGACCAUGUGUCCCGUUGAGCAACAGUCAAAAUCUACCCCUCAACAGCAAAGCAAAUCGAGCGAAAUAAAAGCAAACUAACCGAGUAAAAAAUUCAAAAAGCUGGUACCGAAAUAAAGUAUGGGAGUCAAGUUCCGCCGCUUUCGCUGUCAGAAAACAGCGGACUACAUCGUAAUAGAGUGACAGUUUAGUUUUUUAAUCCUAUUCUUGGGAACUAUUUUAGCUCUGCUAAUGUGAGAAUAUCGAAAAGAAUUUCUAACGAGAUGAUCAAAAUAGUUUACAUAGUUAAACAGUCAGGACUAAGCAAGAACAAAAUAUUGAACUGUCGGCCACGCAGUCAUAUAUAGGAUCGCUUGCAUUGAGUGCACAAUAUAUUAAUUUUGUUUCGUUUCAAUUGUAGAUCACUACCACCAUUAUACAAUACAUGAGGGAAGGCUGAAUGUUCCCUCACAUUUGUUUUUAGUACACGAAUAUAUUAAAUUGAACACAGAUAAUGUAACUUCGUGUCAUGUCCCAUACUUUUUUGUGACUCAACCUUGAUUCUCGUGCAUAUAGGAUGCAGGGGUUGAGCGACUAAACAUUUCUGUAAUAUAGAAAAUCAUAAAAUACAAAACCGGUUGAUUUUCUUUUCAUCGUUCCUUUAUGUAUAAUACACAGAACGUCUCAACCACUCGAUUGUCAAGGGUAAAUUCGGUCGACUUGAACUGCAUUGAAUUGGAGUUUACCCUAGGAUCAUACGCAAUCCUCGUAGUCAGCCUAAUCACAAUCCCUGCAAAUAAAUUUAGAGUGGAAUAAUGAUUUUCGUGAUAACAACACACAACUAACGUAUGAAUUAAGAAACAGGUUUUGUUAGCUAGCAAAAGGCAAAAGAUCCGUACGAAGUCGUUUUUCAAAUACACAAACACAAUAUAAUCGGAUGACCGGAAACAGCAAAAUAAAUCAGAUGUGUGAACUCGAAAUCCGGAUAUUAGAAGGAGCUUAGAAAAUGAA